ACUGGCUCUCUGUUGCCUGCUCCCAUUUCUGCUUUUUCAGUGGGUUUGUUCUGCAGGGGUAGAUCCAAAAUGAAGCUCCUGUUUGUGGCCACCUUGGCCCUGCUGGCCCUCUCCUACCUGGACCAGGUGGACUCAUCUGCCUAUGACAAGAUCGUGUCCCACAGCCGCAUCCGGGCCAGGACUCAGGGGCCCAACGUGUGUGCCCUUCAGCAGGUCAUGGGCACCAAAAAGAAGUAUUUCAGCACAUGCAGGAACUGGUACAAGGGAUCCAUCUGCGGCAAGAAGGCGGUUGUUUUAUAUGAGUGCUGUCCGGGUUAUAUGAAGCUGGAGGGAAUGCUCGGCUGCCCUGCAGUGGCCCCCAUUGACACUGUAUAUAAAACACUGGACCUGGUGAAAGCCGACAUCACUAAACAGUAUUCCGACAUAUCCAGGAUUAAAGAGGAGAUUGAUGGAAGUGGCACAUACACCAUGUUUGUUCCCAGUGAUGAUGCCUGGAACCAGUUAGAUGGUACUGCAAGAAAGGCCCUAGAGAGCAAUGUGAACAACGAGCUGUACAAAACGUUGCACUACCACAUGGUCAACAAGCGUCUCCUUACUAAAGACCUGAAGAAUGACAUGACCCUCGAGUCAAUAUACAACAACCUGGGGUUAUACAUCAACCACUAUUCCAACGGAAUUGUGACAGUCAACUGUGCCAGGAUCAUUAAUGCUAACCAGAUGGCCACAAAUGGCGUGGUGCAUGUAAUUGACCGAGUAGUCAGUGCGGUGGGUAACACCAUCAAGGAGCUGAUUAACAACCACGAGGAGCUCGGCUCGUUGAGCGCUGCUUUUAACGUGGAGUCAAGCUUGUUAGAAAAACUAGGUGAGCCUGGCCACUACACUCUCUUCGCCCCGACCAAUGAAGCCUUUGACAAAGUGGACAGAGAGGUCAUCGAGAGAGUCCUAGGAGACAAGAAUGUCGUCCAAGCCCUUCUGAAGUACCAUCUCCUAAGCUCAGUGCAGUGCUCAGAAGCCAUAAUGGCUGGCUCAGUGUAUGAGACAAUGGAGGGCAGCACUAUUGAAAUUGGUUGCGAUGGAGACAGUCUCACGGUCAACGGCAUUAAGAUGGUGCUGAAGAAGGACAUUGUCACCAAAAAUGGAGUCAUCCACCUCAUUGAUCAAGUACUUAUGCCUGACUCAGCUAAGCAAGUGACAGAGCUGAUAGGCGGGUCCCAAAGCACUUUCAGUGAUAUGGUGUAUGAGCUGGGCUUGUCUGCAGCAAUGAGGCCUGAGACUCAGUACACACUGCUCGCUCCACUCAAUGGAGCCUUCAACGAGGAGGUGAUGUCAAUGGACCAGCGUCUGCUGAAGAUAAUUCUGGAAAACCACAUCCUGAAGCUCAAAGUCACCCUGAGUGAACUUUACAAUGGCCAACUGCUGGAGACACUGGGAGGGAAGUUCCUCAGAGUCUUUGUCUACCGAACGGCCGUGUGCAUCGAGAACGCCUGCAUGGUCCGAGGUAGUAAAGAGGGAAGCAAUGGUGCUCUUCACCUGCUGACAUCUUUGAUCAAACUGCCCACGACCACCGUCUACGAGAUGCUGGAGGCAGACGGCCGCUUCACAGUGUUCCUGUCUUUGAUGGAGAUGGCGGGGCUGACAGACUUGCUAAGGCAGGAGGGCGGGUACACAGUCUUUGCCCCAACUGAUGAUGCAUUUGAUGGCCUGACCGAAGAGGACCUGACUCUUCUCACCAGUGAUAUGAACGCUCUGAGGACCAUCCUGCUCUACCAUUUCAGCAAUGGUGUCUUUAUCAAUGGAGGCUUGGAAGGUGGAGUGACCAACCUGCUCAAGACCAUCCAAGGCAACAACCUUCAAGUGAUGUCUGUCAACAACUCCAUCCAAGUGAACUCAGUGAACGUCCCAGGCAAUGACCUAAUGGCAUCCAAUGGAGUGGUUCAUGUGGUUAAGACACUGCUGUAUCCAGGAGAUCUGCCGGUGGGCCGUGAGGAUCUGCUACAUCUGCUGAAGAAGCUUAUCAAGUACAUCAAGAUAAAGUUUGUUUCUGGAUUCACCUACAAGGAGAUCCCACUCACCUUCUUCAAAAGAACCAUCACCACUCACAUUGUUGAAUCAGUCCCCGAGAUCAAAGUGAGCGAUCCGACCAUUACCAAAUACACCCGAAUCAUUGAAACCCAGCCAAUAAUUACGGAGGUGAUUGUUGAGAGGAACGCGACAGCCACAGAUAUCUCCAACAUCAUCAAGACCAGCCCAGUUAUCACACAGAUUACCAAGGUGAUCGAGUCCAAGCCUGUUGUAAAGGAGGUGGUCGUUGAAGAAGAUCCAAAGUUCACCAAGGUUACCAGAGUCAUUGAAAGCCACAGUGCUUCAUCGGACGGGGAGAUUGAGGAAUUUACGAAGCUUCUGGGAGAAGACGUGACCAAGAUAAAGAAGGUUGCGGGAGGCGAGGUGCACAUUCUGCAGGAGGAGGAAAUCAAAAAAAUCAUCGAGGGAGGUGGGCCAGGGAUCACCACCGUCACCAAGGUGAUAAAGUCAGAGCCACAUAUCAUUGAAGGUCCAGAUUUCUCGAACCCAGAUCAAAUUGACGUGGAAUCGGAGAGGAUCGCCAAACUUAUCAAAAAGGGUGGCUUUCAGAAAAGAGCAGCUGUCAAAAAAUCACCAGGGAUGAAGAGGAAAGUGAGACUGGUGAGACAUCCUUCCAAGCGCAGACAGUGAUCCAGAAGAACAGGACGUCUGUUCAUUCCUACUUCUCGGACUAAGAGGGCUGAUCUGGGAUCUGAAUUUGUAUUUUAGGCCUACACUAAUGAAAGUCAGGGCUGGAGGCCAUCCUAGCUAUUCUAGCUUAUGGAAAGCGUUACAAUGACAAACCGGGGCUUCGCUUAGAUCAGUUCUCUUACUCUGAGAAAAUAACUCCAAGAACGUCUUCAGACUCUCCCAAUAAAAGGCAGUAACCAAGAUCAGGGCAUCAUAUGGGAAGAUGUUAUGGAACAACAUGUUAGCCCACAAACAUAAUCCGUUAUUAAACGCUUCACGGGAUGUUUACGGCCUCAAAGGAACUGACGUACCGACGUCUUUAGUAAAUGCAAUUAGUGCCUUCUGUCUAAAGUUUAUCCAAGCUGGGACUGAACUGGUGGUGGUAUGGAGGGAAAAUAUUAGGUUUAAAUAAUAUUUUUAUAUUUUCGACGGCAUGCCAGGGGCUAUGGAAGACUUGAGGUCUGACCUGUGCAUGUUUUUGGUGCUUGCAUUCAGGCCUAUGAAUGUGGUUUUUUUUUUUAUUUUUACAUUUAAGGAUGUGCAAAGCUUCACCUGUUUUCGUUUGAGCAUGCUGUAAACCGCAUCACGAUCAGAGCGAGUGCAACUGUACGCUCUAAACCGACACACUUAUUCUGUCACUUCAUGUGACUUUUUGUUUGUUUUAUUCAAGUCAUUACAGUCUUCCUAAGUUCAUUAAAGCGCAACAUUUUCAGCUUGGCAUUCUUGUGCACUUCAUUCUCUAUAGCAUCUAUCUUAUCCUGACGGUGUGUGUAUCAAGUGCCUCUAAACCCCGCUGUUACCUCUGUUUGGUAAAUUGUUUAAUAAAAUUGAACUUUAAUGGAA